AUGAUUAAUCAACAUACAUUUGAAAGUCUUAUUUUAACAAAUACAAUUGUAGUUGCUAUUUGUAUUAUUCUUCUAAUAACAUUUACCAUAUUUGUUUUUGUAUUUGUUAUUCCAUCAAUUCGACAUCGAUUGUUUGAAUAUAAAGAACAACAUGAAAAUGAAAUUAUUCAUAAAUCAUCAUUAAGUCGUCAACCAUCGCUUCAUCAAUUUACUUUUGGUACAUCACGUUUUAAUCCAGAAUUUGAACCACAAGCAGGUACAUUAUUUCAUCCACAUGCUACAACAGCUACACUUCUUCAUCCAACUAUUUGGACAUCAAUGAGUCCAACAUCUGUUGUUGCAUCUCCUGUUCCAACUCAAACAACAUCACCAUCACCAAUAACUAUACGAACAUCAUCACCACCACCAUUACCUCCUCAUCCUCCUAGACCAAUAUUAACAACACAGAAAUCACCAAGAAUAUGA